CCACCACAAAGUAAUGUACGAAAUAAUCUCUGACAGAUUGAAAAAAGGGUCUGAAUUUGGUCAAUGAGGAAACAACUUGUUGACAGUCUCGCUCAAUAAACAAUAUUAUUCAUUGACUUCUCAUCAUCAUACUAUAUAUUUUAACACCCAUGAAUCAUGGCCAUCUCUUCUCUAGAUCCCAACCCUCAUAUAUAUAACUCUCUUAAUUCUUACUUCAUUGUUAUUCACAUAUAUUAUUAUUACAAAUAUAUAUAUCUUGUAAAGACACAAGAUAUAUAUAGAAAAAAUAAUUAAGUACAAGAAUGGCGAACUGGGGGCUGAAGAAUUGUUGUAAUCAUGAUCAAUUAGUGUUCCUCAUUACUCUUGCUUUCUGUGUUGUUGUCAUUCUUGCGCUAUGGAGGACGAUAGUGCUUUUACCAUUCAAGCUCGUCACUGUAUUUCUUCAUGAAGCAAGUCACGCUGUUGCUUGCAAACUUACAUGCGGCCAUGUGGAAGGGAUGCAGAUCCAUGCAGAUGAAGGGGGGUCGACUCAGACUCGUGGUGGUGUAUAUUGGUUUAUCUUACCAGCUGGAUAUUUAGGAUCAUCAUUCUGGGGGAUGGUUUUAAUACUGGCAUCAACAAAUCUUCUAGCAGCGAGAAUUGCUGCUGGAUGUUUAGCAGCCGCCUUGAUUAUUGUUCUUUUCGUUGCUAAGAAUUGGACACUUCGCGGGCUUUGCAUAGGAUUCAUUAUCGUUCUGGCUAUCGUUUGGGUUUUACAAGAAACAACAGAAGUUCGAAUUCUUCGGUAUAUCAUAAUGUUCAUUGGUGUGAUGAACAGUGUAUUUUCAAUUUAUGAUAUAUACGGAGACUUAAUUUCUCGACAGGUUCACACUAGUGAUGCGGAGAAGUUUGCUGAAGUCUGUCCUUGUCCGUGUAAUGGUGUUGGGUGGGGUGUCAUUUGGGGGCUUGUGUCUCUCAUUUUUCUUGGUGUGGCUACAUACUUUGGUCUCGUGAUCCUGUCUCAAGGUUAAUGCCAUUUAGAAGCUCAACAAGUUCUACAUCUGUAGGUCAAAUAUUUAUGCACAGUAUAGUGAGGAUUGAAGAAAGCAGCAUACAAAGUAUACAUUCGUGGUAAAAUUUCGUACCACCACAACUUGCAAAACUUCUGAUCAUUUAUUGAAGCUUUAGAUCAUUAAGUUUCACAUUGUUGGCACUUGUAGCUUCCAAGUGCUUAUAGCAAUUUAAGGCUUAUAUACCUGAUCUGAUUUUACUAGGAACUGGUAUAGUUAAUUUUUUGGUCAAAUAAAAUAGUUUGUUCAAAAAUUGAUAGUUAUUCUUGUUGGAAACAUAUGUAUCAGCAUGUGUUUGCCAAGUUUUGUACUGUAUAAUAUGCGAAAUAUGUUUGAUGGUGUACGGCUCACCACCCGGUAAGGUGAGAAUCCAACUGUGAGGUCUCAUUUUUGGGAUCGUAUUUUUCUUGUUUUCA